CCAAACAAUUCAAAAUUGGCAACUACUUUGCUAUCAGUCCAAUUACGCUGAAUGUAAAAGUUUACGCCGUCAUCGUAUUACUUGGGUUCUUCUAUAAACUUCCCCACAAAAUCGCCCCACGGUUUUUCAUAUACAACUCUCCUUUUGGUAACCACCUACUAAAUUUUACACCUUCCUCUGCCUUAUUCUAGUAUAUUACAAAAUGGGCAGCGUUAAAGAUAACGAGGAAAACCGGCAACCGUUGCUGGCGGAGGCAACCUCCGCGGACUGGUUGCUGUCGAAAAAUACAGUUGAAAGAGUUGAUGAAGAUGAUGAUAAAGAUCUAAAAACAAGAGUAUGGAUCGAAACAAAGAAACUAUGGCAUAUCGUUGGUCCAUCCAUCUUCAGCCGUAUAGCCUCUUAUACCAUGAACAUUAUCACUCAAGGUUUUGCUGGACACCUUGGUGAAGUUGAACUCGCUGCCAUCUCCAUUUCUAACACUGUCAUUGUUGGCCUCAACUUUGGCCUCCUUCUAGGAAUGGCGAGUGCAUUAGAGACGUUAUGUGGACAAGCUUUUGGAGCAAAAAAACAUCACAUGUUAGGAAUAUACAUGCAAAGAUCAUGGAUCGUUCUAUUUCUAUGUUGCUUCCUAUUGCUGCCGCUGUACAUAUUCGCCACCCCAAUUUUGAGAGCGUUAGGCCAACCGGACGACGUGGCAGAACUAUCAGGAAUGGUGGCGCUGUGGUUUAUUCCGCUGCACUUCAGCUUUGCGUUUCAGUUUCCGAUACAGAGGUUUUUGCAGAGCCAGCUGAAGACGGCGGUUCUCGCUUGGGUUUCACUGGCGGUGCUGGCGAUUCACACGGUGGUUAGCUGGCUGUUCGUGUACAAACUGAAUCUCGGAAUAGUGGGAGCCGCCGUGGCACUGGAUAUAUCGUGGUGGUUGUUGUUUAUUGGGUUGUUUUGGUACACCGCAUGUGGUGGAUGUCCAGAAACGUGGAGUGGUUUCUCCACACAAGCAUUUUCGGGACUUUGGGAAUUCAUUCGACUCUCUGCCGCUUCUGGCGUCAUGCUUUGCUUGGAGAACUGGUACUAUAGGAUAUUAAUGUUGAUGACAGGGUAUUUGGAGAAUGCAACGUUGGCUCUUGAUGCGUUGUCCAUUUGCAUGAAUAUUAAUGGUUGGGAGAUGAUGAUACCACUUGCUUUCCUCGCUGCCACCGGAGUGCGAGUAGCAAAUGAACUAGGUGCUGGAAGAGGAAAGGCAGCAAAAUUCGCAACAGUGGUAUCAGUGGCACAAUCCACCGUGAUUGGGUUAAUCUUUUGUGUAUUAAUAAUGAUAUAUCAAGAUAAAUUUGCUCUAAUCUUCUCAUCAAGCCUUGAUGUCCUAAAUGCUGUCAAGAAGAUAUCUUACCUUCUUGCCGUUACUAUUCUUCUAAACAGUGUUCAACCUGUUUUAUCCGGUGUUGCGGUUGGAGCAGGAUGGCAAUCAAAAGUGGCUUGUAUUAAUCUAGGUUGCUAUUACCUUGUUGGGGUCCCUCUUGGACUUCUUAUGGGUAUGGUUCUCAACACUGGUCUUGAGGGCAUGUGGGCAGGAAUGAUUUUUGGAGGGACAGCUUUGCAGACGAUAAUAUUGGCUUUUAUAACGUAUCGUUGUGAUUGGGAAAAUGAGGCUGAAAAAGCUAGAAUGCAUGUGCAAAAGUGGUCGGAGCCACCUCCAGCUAGUCAAUCCUAGAUGAUCAUUUCCUUUUUUAGACAACGUUGAGUCGGUGACACCUUCUAUUUUUGUUUUGUUUCCUACCCUGUUUCUUCUUUAAGCAUAAAGAAUAAGCAAUAAUCAUGCUGUUUUGUGCAAGGGUAAUUUGUUCAAUGAACAUUGUAGAUAAAUCAA